AAAAAAGAUCCAUCGGCGAUAUUACUGUGAUCGGAGGCUGCUCCAAUUUGAAAGGCAAGGUUAGCGGAGGAGGUAUUGUCCAAAAAAGGAAUCCUGGCUGUCUGUUGUAAUCAGACACCUCACUGGCGAGUGACCUCAAAAUCGUCAACUGCUAUAUAACAUUUCAAUUUGGGGGCAGAGCCUUGGUAACAGCUUAGCAGAAAGGAGAAUAACAUUCAUCAAAGGGCACUCCUCACACUGGUUUUUAAAAUCGCACGUUGGCGCUUAACGCAUCGUUGAAUCACCUCUGCCACAGCUAUCCAAGACAUUUUUAAGUUAUUGACUGCUUCGGCCGAGCAGUUACAGAUGGCAACGACGAUUUUCAAACUCCUGCUGAUAACUUAUAUCAGUGCAGAAUUUGUGAACAGUCAACUUCGAUCGAUUAAUCAAGGACAAAGGUACCCUGACGAGGCUGAAAUAGAAACAUGUGGAAACAUCCGCGACAUUAUUAGACGAAAUUCAGCUCGCUUUCGAAAAAUCCUCGUCAAGAAUACAAACAGUGAGAUUAACUUCGCAAACGAUGACUGCCGUCGAAUGACUGCUCGAGCGAAGAGCAAGCUAGAUGUGCUCGGAUCUACAGUAAGACGGCAAUGGAGCAAUGUAAAAUUGAAAGUUACUUUAGCUUGGACGGACCAAAUAAUGCCACAAGCGCCGAUUUCGCUUCACUAUGAAGGACGUGCUGUUCGUCUCCAGACCUCUGAUGGUGACACAGGAAAGCUAUCCACUUUAGCAGGCCUGGCUGUACAGGCAGGAUUUGACUGGGUUCAUUAUGCAACCAAUUCUUACAUCCAUGCAAGCGUCAUUCGAGAUGUUUGCCAGACAUCCGUGGAUCUAGCCUUUAUACUGGACAGUUCAGGCAGUGUGGGAAGCUAUAACUUCCAAAAAAUAAAGGACUUUGUGAAAAAUGUGGUGGACUUCUUCAACAUUGGUUCAUCCGGGACACACGUGGCUGUGGUAACAUACUCCACCUACACAAAAUUGGAAUUCAAUUUAAAAGCCCAUCACACCAAGUCGGCGAUCAAGAAUGCAGUAGGAAACAUAAAUUACCGAGGGGGGUGGACAUACACUGCAGACGCUUUGGAUUAUGUACGCAAGAACAUUUUCACCACGUCACAAGGAAUGAGACCUGAUCAAGGCAUCCCUAAAGUGACUGUCUUACUUACCGAUGGAUAUUCCAAUGGGCGUGGUGUGAGCGGACCUGCCAAUCAACUCCGUAACCAUGGAGUAAAUAUCUUUUCCAUCGGUGUCGGUUAUAACGUCAAUCCUGCAGAGUUGAAUACAAUAGCUUCUGACCCGGAUAGCACUCACGUGUUCCGAAUGAGCAGCUUUAACGAUCUGUCGGGCUGGGUGGAUAAACUUAGUGCAGUGUCAUGUGAUGAGGGCGCCGCUGUCUCCUCGUGUGACGAUACUGUUACCACUGUGGAGAGCGACACGUUUAAAUACUUCAGGACCCAAUUUAGCACCGUGGCGAAUAAAAGAAUAUCUGUUGAAGUCAGCGACAUCGAAGGUAUUUCCCAUCUUUACGCAUCACUAACAAGUUCCAACCCAGGCCCCAUGGAUCCAGCCUCGUCCAAAAAUGAGAGUGAUGUCUCACCUCGUGCCAUUUCCCUGUCUCUAUCCGAAUCAAAUAAGAUCGUUUUCGUUGCAGUUCAAGGCCAGCACUCAAGCAAUAAAUUUAAAUUGUCCAUGUGGGAUGCUCUCUUCUCGCGUGACACGUACGUUGCAAGUGUAACGGAAGAACAGAAUGCACCUGUCACGGUGCUGAAUGAAAAGCUGUCGCCAUACUCCUACACGCUCAAAUACAGCAUUAUCGAAGGAAAUGAUGGAGACGUUUUCAGCAUCGAUUCUAACAGUGGUCUCAUAAGAGCGACAAAGAAACUAGACAGAGAAACAAAAUCUUCCUACCGUUUGACUGUCCUCGGUCAAAACACUGACAACAGAUGCCACAAAGGUCGCGCUGUUGUUCUUGUUAACGUCAAAGACACCAAUGAUAAUUCUCCAAGUUUCCCAGAUGCAUCAUACUCGGCAACUGUACCUGAAGAAAAUCCUGCCAAUACUUUUGUUACUAUGGUUACCGCGACGGAUGCCGAUACUGGCGUUAACGCGCAGUUGACUUACAGCAUUCACUCGGGAAAUAACGAUAAAAGAUUCACGAUAAACGACAAAGGCGAAGUUAAGACCACACAAAAGUUGAAUUACGAAGAAAAGAGUAGCUACACUCUUGGAAUCACUGCCGAAGACGGCGGAAAUCCUCCCAAGAGUGAUACCACAGUUCUAACAGUAACUGUAGAAGAUAUCAACGAGCCCCCAUAUUUCGUGAAAGGUUGCGCGCAAAAUAACACAUGUAAGUUCUCGGUGAAGGAAAAUAACAACCGCAACACGCCACUAGGCUUGAUUCAAGCUAGAGACCCAGACGCAGGCUGCAGUUCUUUAACUUACGAAAUUGUUACGGAACAGUCCCAAAAUUCUAAGGUCUUUGGUAUUGAUAACAAUGGAGAAGUAAAGGUACUUGUAAAAUUAGACCGUGAAUUGAAGCCGCAUUAUACAGCAGUGAUUACAGUGCAGGACUGUGGUUCGCCAGCGCUGAAAGUUUUAACUCGCAUUCAAGUGGAAGUUCUGGACGAAAACGAUGAGAGUCCGCGAUUCACUUUGAACUCAUACAAAGCAUCCGUGCAAGAAAACAUCGCUGUGGGAAGCACUGUGGUACAAAUUUCUGCCAUUGAUGCUGACGCCGGAUCCAAUGGGGAGUUAUCGUACAGUAUUAUUUCCGGGGAUACGAGUGCAUUUAUGAUCGAUUCACGCACUGGAACAAUUAAGAGCAAAGUUUCGUUCGACAGAGAAACCAAGGUUUCAUAUUCGCUUACCGUGCGCGCGAGGGAUCAUGGGCAAACUCCUCAGGACGGUACCGCGACGGUGGAUAUUUCGAUUCUAGAUGUGAAUGAUAACAAACCGGUCAUAACCAACGUACCAGCGACAAAACAAGUUCCUGAAGACAAGAACACUGGGGAGGUGUUAUUUGUUGUUACAGCUACUGAUCGAGAUUUAGGUGUGAACGCUGAUUUGCGGUAUUACAUCGAAAAAGGAGACGGACAGAAUUUAUUCAACCUUGAGGCUAAAACAGGAAGUUUGACUCUCGCUCGAAAACUGGACUAUGAAACAAGAACGAGCUAUACACUGAAAAUCCGCGUCACAGAUAGAGGAAGUCCACCUCUGUCUUCCUCUGCUGAUCUUACAAUCUCGGUACAAGACGUGAACGACAACGCCCCGAUAUUUAGCCUCUCAUCGUACAGAGCAACGGUACAAGAAAAUAAAGCAAAAGGAACUUCAUUCUUCAGGGUAACUGCGACAGACUUAGAUUCUGGUUCAAAUGGAGCUAUAACGUAUGCUAUUGUCAGCGGCAACAACGGGAACUUUUUUGACAUCGAUGGAAAAGGGUAUCUUGUGAUCAGGAACCCACCUGAUUACGAAACCAAAAAGCAGUUCGACUUGAUCGUAGAGGCAGCGGACGGCGGAAACCCUGCGAAAUCAGUGACGGUUCCGGUGAAGGUUGUCAUAGAAGAUGUGAAUGACAACAAGCCCCAAUUUAAUCAGUCCAGCUAUAACUUAGUUGUCAGCGAAGACGCAGCAGUGCGUGAGAGGGUCGGAGCAGUCUUUGCUACAGACAAAGACUCAGGGGUAAGAGGCAGGCUGCUGUAUACCAUAACAGGAGGAAAUGUGGGCAAUGCCUUCACAAUUGAUGGAAAUACUGGUGUCCUUAGUGUCCAGUCCAUACUCGACAGGGAGACAACUGCAUCGUAUACUCUGAAAGUAGAAGCACGCGAUGGUGGAAAUCCUUUCAAAGAUACUCUAGUCGACGUCCAAAUCACAAUUUCAGAUGUGAACGACAACGCACCUUUAUUUGACAGAUCAAAGUACGGUGCGUCUGUCAGCGAGGCUGCGCCUUCAGGUGCAUCCGUUGUCACGGUGUUAGCUCAAGACAACGACAUAGGACUCAACAAGGAGAUAACUUAUGAUAUCAAGACUGGAAAUGAAGACGGCACGUUUAACUUGGAUGGAAGGACUGGAUUAAUCACUCUCAAUCAAACUCUUGAUCACGAAAAGAAGGCUGCGUACGCUUUAGUCGUGACAGCAACAGACCAUGGGUUUCCUCAGUUGUCGUCAUCGGUCGAUGUCAUGGUAACAGUUGGUGACGUCAAUGACAAUCCACCCUCCUUUCCACAUUCUCUGUACAACUGCACUGUUGCUGAGAACUUGGCCAAUGGCGUGGCUGUGUGUUUCGUAACCGCUACUGACCCAGAUUCUGGGUUGAAUGGCCAAUUGUUUUACAGCAUAACAUCCGGGAACGAUGGAAAUGCUUUUGUUAUAAAUACGGCCACUGGGGAGAUCACAACCAAGCGUACUUUAGAUAGAGAAUCUAUCGCUGUAUAUAACUUGACAGUGAAAGCAGAGGAUGGAAAAAAUAGCCGAAGCAUCACAUCCUUAAGCGAUACCACGUCCGUUCUAGUUUACAUUAUCGAUGAGAAUGAUAACGGGCCAAUCUUUGACCAGCCCUCUUACACAUUCCACGUGUUGGAAAAUGCAACGAUAUCUCAAUUAGUGGGACAAGUGGGAGCAAAAGAUGAAGACGCAGGACUCAAUGGAAAAUUAACGUACAGUAUAUCGGCUGGAAACUCUGGGGACAGCUUUAAAAUCGAUCCCGCGUCAGGUGUGCUUACCGUCAACUCAGGACUGGACCGGGAAACUAAGGCUCAGUUCGCAUUAACAGUGGUAGCGAAGGACUCUGGGUCACCCUCGCUCUCAGCCAGUGUCGUUGUCACGGUGAUAAUAGAUGACGUCAAUGAUAAUCCACCAAUGUUCAGUCAGUCGAUAUUUUAUGGUAGCAUAAGGGAAGAUGCCUCCACUGGUUCAACAGUAUUGAAGGUUGAAGCAAAAGAUGACGAUGAAGGGCCAAACGGUCAACUACAAUUCGAUUUGCAAGGAAAAGGCAGUAGAAAUUUCAGUAUUGAUUCACGUGGCUUCAUACAGACUUCCACACCUUUGGAUUACGAGAAGACGAGCUCCUAUAUCCUGACUGUCAUCGCAAAGGAUAGUGGAUCUCCUGCGCAAACCGCGUCUGCGAAAGUUAACAUCACCAUUGUCAACGUGGACGACAACGUUCCUGUAUUCGAGACGUCCUCGGAACCGACGAAGGUCCGCGAAGACGUUGCUAUAGGAACUCGAGUUGUGCGCUUGAAUGCUACGGACGCCGACGGAAAUGAUUUAACAUUUCACAUAAUAGGCGGUAAUGUGGGUGGUGCUUUUGCUAUACAGAAUUCCACUGGACUGGUAACAGUUGCGACGAAGCUUGAUCGCGAAAACGUUGCGAAGUACCAUUUGGCGGUGCGUGCGACCGAUACAAGUGGAAAGUUCGUGAAUAACAAUGCAACAAUUGAGGUGAUGGACGUGAAUGAUAACGCACCAAAAUUCACCAGUCCCAGCUAUUCUAAAGAUAUAAUGGAGAACUUAGCACCAGGUCAACUGGUUGCUACCGUUGAGGCAACAGACAAAGAUAUUGGUGACAAUGCUAUUAUCAGCUACAAGAUAACCUCCGGCAAAAGCAACAAGUUCACAAUCGAUUCUAAAACUGGUGUUAUAACAACAUCUGAGAAGCUAGACCGUGAAGUAGCGUCUUCGUAUCGAUUGGUCAUCACGGCCAAAGAUCAGGGAAAACCUUCUCUUUCUUCCACCACUACUGUGUUGGUAACAGUCCUCGAUGAAAACGAUAACUCACCGGAAUUCUCGAAACCUUUCUACCAAGCGUCUGUACUCGAAAACACCGCCCUUACAACAAACGUAUUGCACGUGAUGGCCACAGAUCUUGACGAUGGCUCCAACGGUCUGGUGACUUUUUCCGUUUUGUCUGGAAAUACCAAUGAUGCGUUUAAGAUAGAUAACUCAACAGGCUUUUUAUCUGUUAAUCAAAAUUUGGACAGAGAGGCUGUCGCCUUCUACAGUUUAUACAUCAGUGCUUCUGAUAACGCCCCAAACCCUAAGCGUAACUUUGUUCGAGUUAAUUUCACCGUUUUGGACAAGAACGACAACAACCCAGUAUUUGUCAAUGUGGAGAAUUUUACAGUUGUAGAAAAUGUGCCGAUUGGUGCCAACGUGGGUUUAGUCUCUGCAACAGACGCCGAUGCUGGAAGUAAUGGUGAAAUCAGGUUUUCAAUUGUCAAAGGCAACGAUGAUAAUGCUUUCCGUAUAGAUCCUGUUUCUGGUCAAGUAAAGGUGAAUGGCAAAAUCGACCGAGAGAAAACUGAUCGAUACACCCUGACUGUAAUGGCGUCUGACCAAGGAAAAACAUCCAUGAAAACCACGCAGAAUUUCUAUGUGACGGUGGAAGACCAAAAUGACAACCCACCUAAAUUUGACGCAAACGUUUUUGAAGGUACUGUCGAAGAGAAUGCAGCUACAGUUGUCGACGUCGUUCAGGUGAAAGCAACGGAUGCCGAUGUGGGAUCCAAUGCAGACAUCACCUACCGAAUCACGGCAGGCAAUUCAGGAUCAUUCUUUGCCAUAAACAUUAGCACCGGCAUCAUCAGCACCACUGCGCAACUGGAUUUUGAAAAAACACCGGCAUUUAACUUAACUGUUUCUGCUUCGGAUUCCAAGUUCACGACCUUUGUCAGCGUGAUCAUUGAAGUGGUUAAUGAAAACGAUAAUGAUCCUUCGUUCCCACGGCCGAUGUACUACGCAAACGUCGCAGAAAAUUCUGCUGUGGUUACCUCCGUAGUGAUAGUCAUUGCUUCUGAUGUCGAUCCGUUCGGUCAGCUCACUUACUCCAUCGAAUCUGUUCAACCUGGUAACCAUAGUGAUGCUUUUAGUAUAGACUUAACCUCUGGUCUAAUUUCAACCGCUGACGUGCUGGACAGAGAAAUGAUUGACAGCUAUGUCAUCACUGUCAAGGCAACGGACGGAGGAAAACCAUCUCGUCACGGUUUUACAUCAGUUAUAGUUAAUGUAACUGAUACAAAUGACAAUCCUCCCGUUUUCAACAGUAGCUCAGUAACCGCUGUUAUUUCUGAAGCAUCACCUGUCUCUACCUUUGUUAAAAAAAUUACCGCCACCGACUUAGACUCUGGAAGCAAUGCUGAAAUAUCUUACAGCAUAAUUUCAGGAAAUGAAAUGUCAGCUUUUGUUAUUUCUCCAAAUACUGGUAUUAUAACAACCAAUAUGAAACUCGACAGAGAAAAUAUUUCAAACUACGCCCUUAUUUGUCGAGCUACCGAUCGUGGAAACAAUCCAUUGCAUUCCAUGUCACUCAUUGUUCACGUGACUCUAUCAGAUGUGAAUGACAACGCACCCAUAUUUGAUCAAUCAGCGUACAUGGUGAAUGUGACCGAAGAUGUUUCAUCCGGGACUGUAGUAGAAGAGAUGCACGCUGUGGAUAAAGACGCCGGGCUCAACGGAAUUGUUAGUUACCGCAUCACGGCCGGAAAUGACGAUGGUACUUUUGAUAUCGGAAAUGGAACUGGUGUUGUGACAGUUUCUGGAAAAGUUGAUCGGGAGAAGCAAGAUUCUCACACAUUAACUAUCACAGCAAGUGAUUCUGGUGAUCCAAAACAGAGCUCCUCUGUACAACUGCUGAUCACAGUGACUGAUGUAAACGAUAAUGCACCACUCUUCAAUACUUCCUCUCUUCAAGGCGCGGUCUUAGAGAACUCUCCCGUCGGAACUUCCGUCAUGCACGUUAUGGCUACGGAUGCCGACGUCGGAGAGAACGCCCAACUGAUGUUUAACUUCACUUCAAAGGUCUACGCGGAUCUUUUCGCCAUCGACUCUACCAGUGGGGAGAUUACUGCGUUGAAAUCACUCGAUCGCGAAAAGCAAGAUCUUUACAAGUUGAAAAUUAGUGUAAGCGAUCACGGAGACCCGCGCUUAUCCUCAUCUGCUGACGUCACGAUCACUGUCCUUGAUGUGGAUGACAACUGUCCGAAGUUUGUACCCGCAGAAUAUAAUGUGACAAUUAGUGAAAAUUUGCCAUUCAAUCAGAGCAUUGUUCAAGUGACGGCUACUGAUGCAGAUGUGAAGGAUAAUGAAAAGAUGUUGUAUGCAAUUUGGCAAGGAAAUGAAGGAGGGGCUUUUACAAUCGAUAGACAUGGAUUCGUAAGAGUUAGCUCCGCCGGAGUUGACCGAGAAGUUUCACCUACUUUCCAAUUGGUGGUCCGGGCAGGUCGUGCCGACUGUGGUAUCAACAACACCGGCGAUGGAAACACGGCCGAAGGAGGACCAGACGACAGAUUAGCUGCUACAGCCAUCGUCAACCUUAUUGUGACCGAUCAAAAUGACAACGCUCCUCGCUUUGCUCGCCCCAACUAUGAAUUCCCCCUCAGCAGCCUCAAUGAUACGAAUAUUGGCCGAGUUCAGGCGAUUGAUGAUGAUCUUGAUUCAGGCGGAGUCGUGAAAUUCCGACUUUUACAACAGAUUGAGGUGGAGAGAAAGUGGAAAGUGACGGUACAGGCGUAUGAUAUGGGUACCCCGAGUCUUAACAACUCUAUUGAUGUCCUUGUUACCUCAAGGAUCACUUGUCAAGCUAUGGUUUUUAAAGUCACCGAGGAUGGUAUGAUACAGGCAGACACUUUGUGUAAUUUUGUUGAGAUUCCAACGACAGCAAAGCGUCUUGUGGGCGAUAAACAUCAAAUGAAAUGCUCAGCAAAGGGUAACACUCUUCCCCAGUACCGCUGGAUGAAGGACGGUCGAUUUGUGUCAAACUGGGAUGAUCUUGGCGACUACGUCAUUGAACAUGUGACCGAGGAGGACGAAGGCAGCUACUCGUGCCUGGCCACGAGCUCAGCUGGCUUGAUACAGUCCAGUGUUGCUUAUAUGACAGUGAAUGACCCACCAAAGAUUGUGGUGCAUCCACAAAACAGCAGUGUAGAGCUGGGUGGUACAGUGACACUAGCGUGUAGUGCCACUGGAGAUCCUCUACCUGAAAUUCAAUGGUACAAGGACAAUAUCCCAAUGGUGGAAACUAACGAGAUUGAUCCAUUCAAGCCGGAACUCGUGCUUAAGGAUGCGCUUGCGCAAGAUGAGGCGCGUUAUUUCUGCGAAGCUAGGAACGUGGCUGGUAAAGUGAGGUCUGGCUGGGCAACGCUCAAGGUGUUUGGUAAGAAGGCACUUGUCUCUAUGACACUCUCGGUGACAAAUCCGAACCAAGAAGGAACCUGCCAGAUGUUCGACAAGAACGCGUUUCAACAACUCCUUAGCAAGGCUUUGAAGGCCAAUGUGGAAGUAGUCGGCUUUUCAGCGCCCAACCGGUGUGAAGAGCAUCCAUGUAAUUCCAACCCGUGUAAAAAUGGCGCCGUCUGCUCCAAACAAGGCCCUCAGUAUGACUGUUUAUGUAGACCGGGAUGGACUGGGGACCACUGUGAGCUGGAUGUUGAUGAAUGCAGUGGAGAUCCUUGCUUUUCUAAUGGUGCAUGCACAAAUACAGCUGGCUCGUACAACUGCAACUGUACAUCGGCGAAGACAGGCAAAAACUGUGAACUGGAAAAGAAAGCAUGUGAAGGUAAUCCGUGUAAUGGCUCCAAGAUCUGUGCGUUGUCUGAACGCGCUCUUCAUGGAUAUCAGUGCGUUGACAAGGAGCUGGAAAUGGUUAUGGUGUUAUCCGUGGGUCAACGAGGAAGUCUAUUUGAUCUUGAAAAACAAGUCGAGAAUAUUAUCCGGUCUGCACCGAACAACGUGAAUGAGAGUGUGAAUGCCAGGCGACUCCGUAGGGCUGGUGUUGAAUUGGACUAUGGCGCAUGCUCUGUCCGUGUCACUAAAUACCAAGAAGGCAAGGUUCAUUUUGUGCUACUGUGUCCACCGGAAAUGAAGCCACUUGAGCCGCAAAGCGCUCAGCGGUUUGUUUGUGGUUUGUUAUUUGAUGCUGGUCGUUCGACAUCUUGUGGCGGGAGUGAUUCGAUGAAGACGCCGAUUCCAACGACAACCACCCCGCCCAUGGCACCAAUGGAAGUCAAGCUUGAGCUCUUUGCCCGCGACGAGUCUGGUAACGAUUUAAACUCCGCAGAAGUGAUCGAUAUGAUAAACAGUGGGAAAAUGGAGGAGUUGGAACAAAAUGGUUUUAAAAUUGAAAAAGCUACAGCUAGCUACACGGAACCUUCUAAAGCUGAUCCCCCGUCUAAAGUUGGUUUGAUCGUCGGUCUAACCAUUGGACUGCUAGUCCUUAUCAUUGCAGUAAUUGCAGCUGGAAUAGUUAUCACCAAAAGACGAAAGAAGCCACAGAACUUUCACUACUCGCUUCAACAAAGGGCUGCAAUGGCUCGCAAGGACAGCCAGGAGUCCAUUCUCGGCUGUGAUCGAGCCGUAAAAGACCUCUCCCGUUCAGAGAAGCAUUACCUUAAUGUCGCGUACGAAGAAAACUGCGACAUGUCCGAUGAAGAGGGGCAGCAAUUCAUGGUCCAGGUCGAUCUUGGCAAAUCAAAAAGCAGGAAGAUAUCUAUGGUGUGCGACGAGCCGUAUUUCUACGAGAAGAUCACUACACUAGAGGCAGAAGAAAUGCUGUCUUCUUUGGUACAACCAGGAACCUUCCUUGUGCGUGAGGGAGCCAGUAGCAAGGAGUUUAUUUUGACAGUGCGUGCACCAGAGGGCGGACCUUCUUUUAGACACCUUCCAUUUAAGUACGACAAGGCCAGCGAUGCUAUCCUGGUAACAAACUUUGGUACCAUGGACGAUGAAAUGAGUUUCCAUUCAAUGCAAGAGCUUGUCAGUCAUUUUCAAGUUACACCGAUCACAUUUGACGAGGAUUCGCCUGAUGUUGUCCUUACGCAUCCUUGGAAUAAGAGUGAAGUGUAAAGCUGUUUUCUUGAUGGUUGACUGGAGAAUGGAUUAAAAAAGAGACAGGAAUUGUAUUUUAAUUUCAUAGCCUACGAAUUUUGACCCAUUUAUUUAACUCUUGUUAUUAAAGUUGAAAAAGUCUAAAAUUUUUAACUUGGCAAUUUAUAUUCUCGAUAGCAAGAUCAAGGCUAAAACUGGCAUUAUGGCCGUAAUUGUUUGUAAUUAAGUGAUGUUCGUUGUUUUCUUGUUGAAAAGUCGAUCGUCUUUUAGUAAAGACGCUUUAUUUCAAGUAUUUGUAAGCAUCUUGAACACUAACUAACUCUUUCUUUUAAAUUAAAUGAAAUGCAGUGGAACUUCCACUAUGGGGACAUCGUCGAAACAAAAAAAAAAAAAGAUGUUCCAUAAUUAAAGGUUCCUUUUCAAUGAAGGAAACAAAUACAAAGUUUGUGUAGUGGAACCUCCAUUCAAGGGACUUAAAAAGGGUAAUACAAAGUGUCCCUUGAAAAGACGUUUUCGUCUAUUAAUAGCUCAUUAUAGAUUCAAAUACCUGCCGGGUAAACGUUGAUUUAUUUUUUAACUCGUUUAACUCGAACCCCCAUUAACUCGAAGAUGAUCCGAUUUCCCUUGAUCCCGUUUUUCAGUAAUUUACAAUCAGCUGACUCAAACUCCCGCAGACGCGAACCAUUCUUUGUUUCUUUUGGGAGUUCCAGUCAGCGGGUCUCUGCUGUAAUCUCACUUUUGUUUUUAUUACAAAUUAAAGUUGAGUUCCGGAGUAGCUACACUAGAGAUCAGUAUUUAACCUUAAAAUCUCACCGUCAUUAUCAUAUUGUUAAGCUAUCACUAAGGGCUUUAUUAGAGGUCAGUACUCCUCUAACGACCUACCUAUCACCGUUCAUCGUCAUCAUCAUCAUUUUCAUCAUCGUCAUCAAUAAUUUAACAUGUUGAAUUAUAUUGUUAGCUAAUUUACAAGAUUAUAGUUGUGAUGCUUUCACGAGUGUUUUCCGAUAUUUAAUUAAUAAUUAAUGAAAUAAUUUAAAAGUGUUGAUGCAUCGGUUAAGAACAAACUAUUAAAUUCGAUUAAGAGAUUGACAGAAACACAUAUGCGACCUGUAUUAUAAUUUUAUGAAAACAAUGUCUCUGGUGUGGACAUGUAAAGUAAUU